AAGGCUCUCGUUCAUUCCAAUUGGCUAGUUUCGACAGUGGGAGGAUUGAACAGUCAUCAAAUAAAGAUGCUUUUUUACGCAUUGAACAUCUCAGUAGCUGAGCUGUAUUUGGAUUUGAGUGGGAGGGUGACAGGAUAGCCACGAAGAGGCACACAAGCAGUCUAUUGUGAUUAUCUAUCUUCACUUAGAAGCUUCAAAGAAAUGUAUCACUCAGUUACAUAUUUGGAAUAGAAUGUUCAACAUAUAGGCUAAUUGGCUCUACUGAAUAAAGACGAAGAAGAAAAUCAUCUGUAUUUUGUUUAUCAGUAGGGCAGGCCUAGUGGAGUGUAGGUACUAUAAUACCUCGACCCUUAUAAAGGGCUAGAAUAAUUCUUAGGUGUUUCACCACCUCAGUAGCAUUCGAACUCCAGAGCGCGGCCCAGCGAAUGGACCAUCAACCCGUCACUCUGAGCUUCGUUCCUCGUGGGGAUUCAGUUUGUUUGUCCGUACCUUUAGAAACGUCCAUGCGCUUGUCCAUCAGCUCAACCACUGGCAGCGGCUUCGAGCUCUCCGUCCAUCAGGGAGAAACGGUGGAGGUGCUGAGGAGACGAAUUUCCCAAAAGCUCAGAGUACCGAAGGAAAGAUUCGUCUUGCUGCAUAAGGAAACGCAGUUGAGUUCAGGGAAACUCCAGGACGUUGGGCUAGUUGAUGGAAGUAAACUGACACUGGUCCCAGCUAUUGAAGCAGGCUUAUCAUCCCAACCAUCCAGGACGAAGCAGACGAUAAUGCAAGCUUUGGAGAGUUUAACAGAAACUCAGGUCAAUGACUUCUUGUCUGGCCGUUUACCCCUGACCCUUGCCCUUAGAGUUGGCGAUCACAUCAUGUUUGUCCAGCUUCAGCUGUCACCCCAGAACAUAGCUGGGCCGCAACAGAGACCCCUCAACUCCCGGAGCACCAACAGGGCUGAACAGGUGCAUCCUGGGAAGUCGGGGUCCACCAGGUUCCCUUAUUCCCGCCCUCACCCCUCCCUGUUCUUUAAAACCCCAGGAAGUCAAGAGAAGGCUUCCCCUGCCACUCUCAGCCCUGAUACACCUUCCUCAACCUCUCACGUCAUCCACCCUCCUCACACAUCCAUUGCCCCCACCAGCUCCACCCAUCCCACCUACUCCAGCCCUGGACCCAGGAUCCCAACCCCUGCCACCACCUGCCCUGAGGGUGGCUGCAGUGUGGCUGGCCCUCCCACCUCUAGGAAGCCAGGUUCCGGGGAACCGGCUGCUGUCAUAGAGAGUUUGGUGAGCCAUGCUCCUGGAGUGUUCUCCGGGACCUUCUCAGGCACUCUCCCCCCAGCUUGUCAGGACAGCAGCAGGUCUUCCAGGCGAGGGAUCAACACCAUCCUCCAGAUCCUCAAUGAUCUGCUCAGUGCCACUCAGCACCACCAGAGGGCUCCAAUGUCCCUCUCCCAGCUCCGCUGCCCUCCCCCAACCACCCCAACCAGCAGUACACCGAACACCCCCACCUCUCCCUCCCCGCCCCUCUCACCUCUCACCCCUGACGCGAUCAUCACCACUACCCCAGAGCCACUUAUGGAGCACAUCAACCAGGAACAGGGCAGCUCAAGUCAAACUUCUGGCCUGCAUCCCAGUCAGUCUGAGAACCAGGUAUUGCGUUGUAAACUGGAGCGUCUGCAGAUCUUAAUGCACCAAAAACGUCUGCGCAGGAGGGCACGCAGAGACACUCGUACCUCACACCCCUACCCGCCUCACCACCGUAAGCCCUGGUACACCGGACCACGCAAGGCCAGUGCCAGGCAGCACAGCAACGACAGCCUGUCGAGCAGCGAGGGUUCUUGCCUGGACGACAUGGAGAUCCCAUGGAAACCGGAGCUACCCUCCGACCUUGUGAUGGCAUAGUUAAAACACAGGAAGUGAGAAUGACUGAGGAGUUUCGGCAUACGUUAUUUGAGAUUAGGUGAAAUUAAAAUGUAUGGUGGAGGGAGAUAAAGAACAACUAAAAAUGGACGUGUGUGUGGCUCCCAAUUGGACCUGCGUCAUUGGCUGUACUUGUGAAUGCCUGAAUAGGAUAAAUAACUGUCAAUUUUUGUACUCGCUUGAUAAGACUGCUUGGAGGACUUUCCAAAAAAGAUAACUGUGCCCUACUUUCUUGAAACUGGACAUGUAAAUAGAACUCCAGUAGUAUAUUGUGUAUAUAAUCAAGUUGAAGAGUUCUGGCCUUUUUUAAACAUAGUUUAUACUCCUUUAACAGAGUACCCUUUCUGCAGAUCAUUUAUUUACACUUUACUGUCAUCAUUCUGUCUUUGUCUCAUGGAACCAGCCUGUCUGUGAUUAACAUUUUCAGAGGGACUGUUUGUCUACCAGUAAUCAUUGCUGUAACUAUAAUUUACGCUGGGAUUUCAACCUGCCUUGCAGUGUUUACUAUGUAUCUGUAUUUGCAAUAUUCUUGUUAUGCCCUGGUACUAUUUUUUAUACAGUCCUCAAGACCAAUUUGUGUUAAUUCGACCAUUGAGAAAAGAGCUACUGCAUUAAUAUUGCAUUGCAGGUUUGAUUUAAUUUGGCUCUGUUUUCAUUUUAUCUGACCCACCACAUCUACUUGUUUUUACCAUAGUCAGAAAUGUGUAAUGUAAUUUUCAGAAGUUGGUGCAUACAGACACUUAACUUUUUUGACAGCUUUGUUUUGCAAUUGCUCAACAGAGUGAGCGGAUUCAUAGUUUAAUUUUUUUCUGUAUAUGUUCUGAUUGAUACAUUAAUUGGUUUCAAAUAUUAAAAUGUAUGAAAUAAUA